UUCCCGCCCGUCGCGUCGGUUUGCUCUUCCUAUUUUCGUAGCCGUCCAGUAUAUAAGGCGGCCCGCGUCCUCGCGGCGGCGGACGUCGUCGCCGAGAGAGAGAUUUGGCAGCGGUAACCGCGCUCUUUUGCGCCGCGCGCGGCGCCGUAGAUAGAGCCGGCCCCGGGUACAGCGGACGCUCUCUAUAGCCCCCGCUCGCGCGGAUAGGGCGUCCAGAGGAACGGCAUCAGGGAGAGGACGCACACGGCCUCGGUCCAUCCCGUCGUCGGGGACAUUCCGCGGGACGCAUUCGGCGGGGGCCGUCGCGACGCACGCACCCGUUUUGCACACGCGUCGGCGCGCAUCCGAUCUCCUCUAAAGUGUUCCUCGCCGGACGACGCGCCGCGCCGUUGCUGGCGGGGAAGUGUCUCAAGAUAGACUCCCGUCGUCCUCGCCUCGCGGUCUCGCAACACUUCUUCUUCGACCCGCGAAACGAUUGUGAAGGAGACGCGGACCCGAGCGCGGAUGACGUGAUGCGGUCGCUCGCGGAGGAACCGAGAGGAAGGGAAUAAUCCCUUUUUCGAAGUGGCACCCGUCCGUUUCGACGUGUUUGCGCCUCCUCGCGGUCCGGGUUUAUAUUCCCCCGUCGCGUGAUCAGCGCCGGAUCGGAGGGAUUUCGGGCCUAUUAAAGCCAAAUGACCGGGUGAUUGACGUGAACUUCAAAUAAUGCCAACGGGAUAACAUGUGUUGCGAACAUUGACAUUGAUCCUUCUGCGAAGUCUCGGCGGUGCUCGUCAGGAUUAAUACGUUCCAGGGGUGAGAGGGAAGGCGAGAACGAAAAUGGGGAACACCGACAGCUCCCACGACGUGGAAAUGAGCUCGCUGUCGGUAGCGGCGACGAACGAUCGUCCCCAUAUUAUGGUGAAUACAAAUUAUGCGAAUUAUGUUGCUUAAUGAUCAAGAGAACGCCAAUGCGCCCGAUGAUAGCGGAAUACGAGCCGAAGAAGCAGGGUGUGAAAACAGAACUCUCAGACGUGGUGCUUGUCAAAUACAAGUGCGAGAAAAAUGACGUGCCCAUUACGGUCACGAACGGCUCGACCUUGCCGCUCGUGGAGCGACCGGCCGACGAGGAGGCCGCCCUUUACGAUCCGUUCGAACACCGCAAGCUCGCCCAUCCCACCUCGGACCUCGACACGCUCAUACAUCUGCUCAAGGGGAGCCUGGGCACGGGGAUACUCGCGAUGCCGAUGGCCUUCCGCAACGCCGGCCUCACCUUCGGUCUCUUCGCCACCUUCUUCAUCGGCGCGGUCUGCACCUACUGCGUUCACAUCUUGGUCAAGUCCGCCCAUGUCCUCUGCAGGCGGCUGCAGACGCCUAGUCUGGGCUUCGCCGAUGUGGCCGAGGCGGCCUUCCUGGUGGGGCCCGAACCCGUUCAGAAAUACGCCAGACUCGCCAAGGCGACAAUUAAUUCGUUCUUGGUGAUCGAUUUGGUUGGUUGCUGCUGCGUGUACAUCGUCUUCAUCUCGACGAAUCUCAAGGAGGUCGUGGAUUAUUACACGGAAACGGACAAAAGUCUACGAUUGUACAUGGCCAUGUUGUUGCCGGCACUUAUCCUCCUCUCCCUCGUGAGGAAUCUCAAAUACCUCGCACCGUUCUCGAUGGUAGCGAACGUGUUGAUCGCCACUGGGAUGGCUAUUACCUUCUAUUAUAUUUUCCACGACCUGCCCACCAUCAGCGACGUACCGAAUUUCUCCAGCUGGUCUCAGCUGCCCCUGUUCUUCGGUACCGCCAUCUUUGCCCUCGAGGGCAUCGGUGUUGUAAUGCCGUUGGAGAACAACAUGAAGACGCCAUCGCACUUCAUUGGCUGCCCGGGUGUCCUCAACACCGGCAUGUUCCUCGUCGUGUUGCUGUACAGCACCGUCGGUUUCUUCGGCUACUGGAAGUACGGCGAGACCACGAAGGCCUCCAUCACGCUCAAUCCCCCGCAGGACGAGGUGCUCGCGCAAUCCGCCAAGGUAAUGAUCGCCAUCGCGAUCUUCCUCACGUACGGGCUUCAGUUCUACGUGCCAAUGGAGAUCAUCUGGAAGAAUGCCAAGCAGUACUUCAGCUCCCGCCGAAUGCUCGGCGAGUACAUCAUCCGUAUCGCAUUGGUGGUCUUCACCGUCUGCGUGGCGAUCGCGAUCCCGAAUUUGGGCCCGUUCAUCUCCCUCGUCGGGGCCGUGUGCCUGUCCACGCUGGGCCUCAUGUUCCCCUCGGUGAUCGAGCUGGUGACCGUCUGGGAGCAGGAGAACGGCCUCGGCAAGUGGAACUGGCGGCUCUGGAAGAACAUCGCCAUCAUAUCCUUCGGCGUGUUGGGCUUCCUCACCGGCACGUACGUCAGCAUCCAAGAGAUCCUGGAGGCGAAAUGAGACACCCCGGGUACGGCGCGAGGAGCGGUCGGCGAAGCGGCCGCUCGCGAAUACCGCUCGCCGUCGUCGGGCGGCGAGUAUCGUGUAUGACAGCGCGUGCUGGACGUCUCUCGCGCGGAUGACGCGAUGGCGCUGUCAGCAGCAGCAGCAGGUAGACAGGGGCUACCGGGUCCGGGUACGGGUAGCGCGACAGCUGUGACAAUAAUGACAACGACGGCAACGACGACGACGACGACGACGACGACGACGACGACGACGAGUGACGGUAAUGACGAAGACACACGCAAGGUGCCUUCGGAAACGUGAUCAAACUUUUCAUUUAUCAUUUUCUCCUUAACGGUAGUGAAAUUAGUAUUACGCGCGUCGUGCACGGGAUGCGUCGACGGGAUGCGCGAGGUGUACGGUCGAAUUCGGGGAAUUCGAGAAAUCGCUCGAUAUCGCGCGCCCUCCGAUAACUUAUCGUUAUUCUCGCGCAGAAAUCACGCAGGAUUUAUCUCUUCAUCGGCAUUACAUACCUGGCGAAGAUUGGAUCGUUGAAUUAGGCUGGCCCGAAGCGUUACUACACGAGUCUCCCCGCGAGUGGGGAACGGAAACAAAAUUACGUGCAUUACAUGUAGUAUCAGGAUAGAAGUGAUUUUGCCGAUUAAAAUAAUGAUAUACUUGCUACAUAUAAUAUACUUUUCUAAUUUAGUAAUACAUUUUGCGAAGACUUUGUCCGAAGAAAAUUGUAGAAUUAUAAUUUUAUUUAAAGCAGAAUUUACGGAGGAUUAUGACAAGUCUUUAGCGCUAAUUUAAUGUUUCUAUGACUCUUUAGGAGCAGGAUCUUUGCGAUUUUCGAUAUAUAUAUAUAUUUUUUUUUUAGAUUUUAUCUUAUAUCUCGUACAGCAGAUUUAAGUCGGAAUAUCUAUCGCGAUAUUGGCCUCUAGGAAUUCCAGUCGGAGCAUUAACGAUGAGCGGAUGGUGUUUACAUUGUUUUUUUUUUUCGCACUCUUUUUUCCUGGUCACCUAUUUUUCUUAAUUAUUUAAUCGCGCCGCAUUGGCCGUACGCGCGUAGAGCUUUUUUGCGGACUUUACAACUGCGGGACGGUUUUCUAGAAUAGCGUACGCGAUUUUCUGUGAUCGUACGCGCAUACCUUGCAUAUGUAUAUUGUGUAUAUAAAAUACACAAACCAUCGUGUUUUGUGAAUGACAAAUGGGAACCGUAUGCCUCAGUUAUUACGUGCUUAUUCGCGCGAUCGGAUUAUCGCUGUGAGUCGGUGGUCUCAAUAUGGUCAGGCGGGCCGCAUAGCAGACAUGAGUUUCCGUCACCUGAUCACGAAUGAAAAAUUUCCAGAUGGGAUAACAUUUAUUGUAUUACACGACGAAAUCUUGUAUAAGAAUUUUCACCGGCAAUUACGCACGGAUAAUAUUCUAUUUGCAAAAAUAGAACUAUUAAUCUGUAAUAAAAUAUUGAUAAUUGUGUUGCGCAAUCAAUUACGAAGUAGUACUUCAGUAAAAUUAUAAUGAUAUGAUACAUUAUGUUAAAUGGUAAUUUGCAAAAUCAAAUUGGGAAAGAAAUCGUUUGAUAAUAAUUGUUUGAUAAUUGAGAAAAAUAUUUCAGCUGUAUUGAACAUUUAAAGACAUUAUUUAGUUUAUUAUUAUGAAAAUACGCAAUUGUUCUUAAAUUAUAAUGUAGAAAUAUUGCAACGUAAAAUGUUACACAUUAAGCACAGCGAAAUUUUAAAUAAAAAGAAUAGGCUUGAAAUAAUUGUAAAAUGUAAACCUCAAAUUUGAAUUUGGUAAUGAUUAACUUUUGGCAAAUAUUAUUUAGAAAUUGUAUUCCGAUAAACUACUACGUUAUGGCGUAUCAUUUAUCAAUUAUUGUAAAAUUUUCAUCAAUUUGUACCGUCAUUGUGUAAUAUUUGUACAAUUGUGUGCCUAUCGGAAAAGUUGCAUUCGUGUUACAAGGAUUUCUAUUUGAUUAAUAUGUACAUGUGUGUAUAUGUGUAUGUGUGUGGUUACGUGCUUCCCGCAUUAUAACCAAUGCGCUGAAUCAGCGCAGAGUCGUCUCCCUGUUCUUUGGAAUUUUACAAAGCCGAUCGUACAUCUCGAUCCGUCAUACGAGUCCACAUGCGGCCCGCAAAAACGUGUGUCUGAGACCUCUGUUGUAAGAAAACGAUCUGUAAGAUACUAUGUUUCGCGGGAGAACGCUGAUUGAGAGUCUCGUCAGGUUUUUUUUUUUCAAAUAUCGGUAAUGUUUUUAAUAUUGGAAUUGAUUAGAUGCAAAAAUAUUAUUUGUAAAACAUCAGAAAUCAUUUACAUUGUUUUAAAUCGAAUGUUCAAUUUCUUACAUUUAAAUAGUCACCGUUGAAUUUAUCGCCCAUUAGAUAAGAACAGAUAAAGAGAAAAACAUUAGUUUUAAAAAAUUUAUACUAAUUAUAUUUAUUUUAAAAUUUUCUUCCCAACAAAAUUUACAUGUCUGAUUUACUUCCGUGUGGAAUUAUUAUUCAUACAUGUACACUAACAUUUAAAACGAUCGAUUCACUCUGCGGUAUUUGUUAUUGACUAACUUAGAAAAUUACAGAAGGACAGAUUUCCUCAGGCGUGAUGAUCAAUCAGCGUGAUAACGUCGCAAAUCGUCGGUCUGUUCCUAGUGCAUGAUGCACGAUGAUGUACAAAGAGGAUUAAUCCAUUAAAAGUAGUAGGCAGAAAAGUGCGUAGGUGUAAUAAUGUCGUGAUGCACGCUUGCUAGUCUGUAAGUAAGAUUGCGAGGCGCGCGCUAUUUUGUCAGCAUGCGCGAUAACGAUGCCCGAAUUGGUUCUAGUGUUGAAAAUGUCCGGGGAGUGACCCGGCAUGAUUAAUCGUUAGCUGCGGGGGAGGUAGGGAGUAGGCGGAAGCGGAAGAUAAAUAUUCAGAUUUCAUCUCAAGCGGGAAAUCAGCAAGAAAUGGGAAAACAAAGUUUGCCAAAAUCUUUUGAAAAGUCAUAAACGAAGGAUGUUGAAAAAACCAAAUUUUUAUCGGCGGAAGCGAAGCUGGAAGAUACGGCGUAACAACGUAUUUUGAUAAUUAACUUGCGUCUUAAACAUUUAAUAAUUAGCAAUAAUCUCGACGUAUCUUUAGAGAAAUACAUUUUUUUAAGAAGCGCAAGCGAUAAGAGAAAGAGACUGCAAAUAACUUUCCUAUUUUUAGAAAACAAUUUAUCAUGUCACUUUUCGCAUUGGCUUACUUCGAAAGAUCAUUUUUUAAAAAUGCAGUAUUAAAGUUAGAUUAAAACUGUUUAUAUUUAGAUCUGAGCGGUAUUGUUUACCAUCUUCAACUCUUUAUAGCGAUUCUGACAUAGUAUGUAUAAAAAUCUUUUUUAUUUUAACGUCCAAAAAUAUAAAUAUGCCAAACUGAUAAUUAAAUGAAUUUUGUAAAUAUUUUGUAAAAUAAUUUAAAAAUUUAACGUUUAUAAUUUUUAAGUGUUUUAAAUAAAAAUACCAUUCAUAUAAAAGUAAAUGAAAUUGUUUAAUAGUUAAAUGAAUAAAAAUUGCAGCUAUAAUAUAGUUGACAUGUACCGAAAAAAUGUGAAAAGGUUUUAAUUAAAUACAAAUUUAAUAUAAAAUUGAAUUUGGCGUUAAUUGGACAACACAUUUUAAUUAAUUGGAAUUGUAAAUUUAUGAUUACAUGGUCAGUAUAGAAGCAAUUUUCAAAAAAUUAUUAAUAUGUUAGACGAUUUGAAAUGUUACACGAUUGAAACUUCUCCCUUCAUUGUAACAAUAAUAAUUAAAAAUAUUUUUCUCUAUAAAGAGUAUAUGGAGAUGGAUAAGGAUAAGAUAAUAUACAAGACAUCUUUUUCGAAACACAAUCUACGUUCUCUAAUCGAGUUCUAUUUUCGAAGAAAAGAGACAUGUUUUUGUAACACUAUAUAUACAUAUAAUGACGAAUGCUAUGAGAAACACGAAAUUUGUAUUAUUUUAUUAAAUUGCUUUAUGGUUUUUCAGAGUAGAAAAAACCGCGAAAGGGGGAAAAUUAAGCAAAAUAAAAUUUUAUUAAAUUUUAAAGUACAUUAGAUUCUCUACAGUAUGCAAUGGAUUAAUACAAGUCUGAGAUAAAAUUAUAAAGACAAUAAAAAGCACUGUUACAAAAAAGUAAAGAGGAAUAAUAUAAGCAAUAUGCAGAGAGAAAGAGAGGAAGAGUGAAAAAGAAAUACCAGCUAAUCUAGGCCAUGGGUCCUAUUUCCGGGUUCCUAUCAGUAGAAUGGAAAUGGGCGCAUAAUACGUAAGCCGUAUCAUUUUUGAUAGGGCCGUAUUAUUUUCGUAAUAAUGCGCUCAUUUUGGUAUUUUUUAAGAUUUUAUAUGAAAGAACGUAGAAACGGCAAGUAAUUUUAUUAAGGCAAAAAUUACCGCACGGCGAUUAUUAUCAAUCUUCUUUUUUUUUUUAGAAGAAAGAAAAAAGUACAUUAGAAACAGUAUAUACGUAUAUUUGUCAUUAUAAUUAUUGUGUAUAAUAUUUACAGAUUUUUUCCCAAUUAACAUUGUAAAUUUGUGCUAUGUAGAAUGGUUUGUUAAAUAAAUCGACAAAGUAGAUUUCUACCGAAAAAAUAAUUGCGUUUUUUUUUUACUUGCACGAAAAACCUAAUAUUUUAUAUUCAUAUUGCAGAUCUGCAUGUUUUCGGAGCAAUAAUCACCGUGCGUUUUUUUGCAAAUUGUUAAUUUGUCAAUCAUUGUAUUAGAUUUUACAGUAUUUAAUAUAAGUGUAUAAAACAAUGUUUUAUACAAAUUAUCUAUGUCUUUUUUUUUAUUGUUCAAAAGCUGAAUAAAG